GCGUACCGUCGCCGCCCGGAAGAAGGACCUUUCGCCGCGGCCGCCGCUGUUGACAACAUGGCGGCUGCCGCCUCCUCCUCCGCCUCGGUGUGGGGCGCGGGAGGCGGCGGCGGGAGGAGGAAGGAGACCCAGCAGCCCUAAGGGACGGCUUAGGCCUCCCCUGCCGGCGCCGCCAUGUCUUUCUUCAGGCGGAAAGUGAGAGGCAGAGAGCACCAGAAGCCAGCAGAAGCCAGGGCAAUUAAAGAGUCUGGACUGGCUCCCAUGCCCGGCAAUUUUGCGGCAGCACCAGGAUAUUCUCCGCAGAAAGGCACCAGGAACCAUGCCUUGCUCGAGGCCGCCGGACCAAGCCACGUGGCGAUCAAUGCCAUCUCGGCCAACAUGGAAUCCUGCAGCAGUCGCACAGCCGCCCUUAAGAAGCAGCCCAGCCACAUGGAAGCUGCCCAUUUUGGAGACCUGGGCCGCUCCUGCCUGGAUUACCAAGCUCAAGAAACCAAGUCAAGCCUUUCCAAGACGCUGGCGCAAGUCCUGCGCGACCCCGUGGCCCUCCCGUACUUCACCCAGUACAUGGAGCUCCACCGCAUGGAACACUUGGUCCGAUUCUGGCUGGAAGCCGAGGCUUUCCGCUCCACCGCCUGGUCCCACAUCAGAGCACACAGCUUAAACACGGUGAAGCACAGCUCCCUGGCCGAGCCGGUGUCCCCCGGCCUGCAGCAACAGCAGCCACAAGACCCCCCCGAAUUCUCCCCCUUUGGCGAGUCGCUCAACGGAGGACUGGACGACCGGUACCCCGCCGAACCCUCUUUGGCCCAUUGGGACCGGUCCACUUGGACUCUUCGGAAUCACUUGCUGCUUAGCCAAGGCAGUGACCAAUCCCGCUUGGGGUUGACCCCGUCGGAAGACGAGGACUGUCCUGUUCCGGGUGACCUUCCAGAUGCUUCCAUGGUCUCCGCGUCCAAUAGAAAUAGUCCUUCCUCCUUUGCACUAAAGGACUUGUCAGGAAAACUCAUGAAAGGUAUUGAACAGGAUGCAGUGACCAUUUUUACCAAAUAUAUCUCUCCCGAUGCUGCUAAACCAAUACCCGUUACGGAGCUGAUGAGAAAUGACAUUGUGGCCAAGAUCUGCGGGGAGGACGGACAGGUGGACCCCAACUGCUUCGUCACGGCACAGUCCGUGGUGUUUAACGCCAUGGAGCAAGAGCACUUUAGCGAAUUCCUGCGAAGCCAUCACUUCUGCAAAUACCAGAUUGAGGUGCUGACCAGCGGGACGGUCUACCUGGCCGAUAUCCUCUUCUGUGAAUCGGCCCUUUUUUACUUCUCAGAGAAUUCCAUAAGUUUUGAAACUGAUAAAUUGGAAAUUCACAAAUUGGAAAUUGACAGAUUGGAAAUUGACAAAUUGGAUAUGGACAAAUUCUGGGGGUUGAAGUCCAUGGGUCUUGAAAUUGACAAAUCAGAUAUCAUAGGAAGACCUAUGAAGUCCAUAGGUCUUGAAAUUGACAGAUUGGAAAUUGACAGAUUGGAAAUUGACAGAUUGGAAAUUGACAAAUUAGAUAUGGACAAAUUCUGGGGGUUGAAGUCCAUAGAUCUUGAAAUUGACAAAUCGGACAAUUGGAUAUUGUACUUCUCUCUUCAAUCCACGCAUCCUCUCGGCUUCGACGACUCUGUACGGUUGGAGAUCGAGUCCAACAUCUGCAGGGAAGGCGGCCCCCUCCCCAACUGCUUCACCACUCCACUGCGACAGGCCUGGACCACCAUGGAGAAGGUUUUCUUACCCAGCUUCCUGUCCAGCAACCUUUAUUACAAAUACUUGAACGACCUCAUCCAUUCGGUCCGGGGAGAUGAGUUUGCCGGCGGGGGUCUCGCCCUCCACGUUCACGGUCUUGGCAACUUGUCCGACCACUAUUCCCACACGGGUGCUGCGGACAGCAGGGCUGCUUCUCAGCCCAGCCAUAAAAAGGCCAACGUAAAAAUCCUGAAAAACUUUGAUGAAGCAAUAAUCGUCGAUGCUGCCAGCCUGGACCCAGAGUCUCUGUAUCAGCGGACUUACGCUGGGAAGAUGACGUUCGGCCGCGUUAGCGACCUGGGCCAGUUCAUUCGGGAAUCGGAGCCCGAGCCGGACAUCAAGAAGUCCAAAGGGUCCAUGUUUUCACAAGCAAUGAAGAAAUGGGUGCAAGGAAAUACAGAUGAGGCUCAAGAGGAGAUGGCAUGGAGGAUAGCCAAGAUGAUCGUCAACGACGUCAUGCAACAGGCCCAACCCCCAGAGGCAGCGGUCGACAAGGUGACUAAGGUAAUGGCUCAGGUGGCAACAGCUGGGGUGUCCAGCCUUGGCAACUUUAAGCAACUUUAA